AUGGCUCCUACGAAGACUCAGGCAGAAUUGAAGAAGUAUGCUGAUGACACCAUGGCACAAUCUGUUGAUGCAAUGCAUGCUGCCAUUAGGGCUUUUGCCGAGACAGACUUCGCGUCCUACCUUCGUUUGGGUGAGCUCGGCCUUGCUGAUCUUCGCCAAUUGUGCACUGAGGAGGAGGAACACGUGCCAGACGAUGGCGUUUGGGGCACUGCUUUGACCCAACCUCGCUGGGGUUAA